AUGGGCAGUAUCGAAAAUAACGUCCCCGAGUCUAUCCCAACCGUGGAUAUCAGCCCGUUUCUCAAUCCAGAUGCGUCCUCCGCAGCUGUAAGCAAUGUAGUCGAGACAAUGCGCCAUGCCUGCACAACGUAUGGUUUCUUCUACCUCGUCGGCUACGAGGUCCAGGAGGCAGAUCGUCUGAAAGCACUAGAGUGUGCCAAACGGUUUUUCUCGCUCCCUCUUGAAGAAAAGAUGGAUAUCUGGAUCGGAAAAGCCAUGGGUCGGUCAUUUCGAGGUUAUGAACCUCCUUCCCUUCAGAUCCACAAAGAGGGUUUGCUACCUGAUACUAAAGAGGGAUACAUCUUGGGUCUAGAAACCCCUGCAGAUGCUCCAGGUGCGGGAACUUUCCACACUGGUCCUAAUCAGUGGCCAAAGUCACUUUCUGAUGAAGAAUUUCGGACUCCACUUAUGGACUACCACGGCAAGAUGAUUAAAAUGGUGGAAGUGAUACUCAAGAUUCUUGCUCGUGGUCUUCCAAAGUCAUGGAACUGUCCACCUGAUGUUUUCGACGAGCUGACCAUCAAACCCUCCGUUCCUAUGCGGCUCUUGCAUUAUCCCCCUCAACCGGUCAAGCACGAGAACCAAUUUGGAGUUGGCGAACACACUGAUUUCGGAAACGUCUCAGUGUUACUUCAAGAAGAAGGCACCGAAGGACUUGAAGUGUUUUACCCGCCCACUAAAACCUGGAUACCGGUACCAGUGAAAGCAAACUCGUAUGUGAUCAACAUGGGAGACAUGAUGCAGAAAUGGACGGCGGGUUACUACUGCAGCGCGCGUCAUCGCGUCGUCAACCACAGUACGAGACCUCGACACAGUGCACCUUUCUUCUUCAAUGGCAACUUAGACUUGAAGUGUCGAAGUUUGGAUGGGUCGGGAGUCGAGACAGUUGUA